GUUCCACCCUCCCAGUGAACAGACCUGUGGUGUGUUUGCGAGCACCAGCGGACACAUCACCUCAGUCUGGUCAGCCGGCAGGACGCAGGAUUUGGAAGUGACUUUAGCCUGCAGGAAACGCAUGAAGAGGAGGAGGAGGAGGAGGAAGAGCGUCACUGUCAUCAGGAGACGAUGAGGGGGACGUGAGGACAUCUCAUCUUCUCACCGCGCUCCUGCGGAAACAUGACAUUUUAAUCAGUCAAACCUCUAAAUCUUCAGUGGGACUAUUUUUGUAGGAGAGACCUCCACCCAGGACCAGUGAGUAGAUUUCCAGCGUGUGAAGAAAGUACCUGGAGAUGGUAGCGACUUGAAGGCACAGCUGAAGCAGCAUGGAGCCUAUUAAGAAAGACAUGGAUCUGCUGAGUAACAGCAUGGCGACAUAUGCUUACAUCAAAGCCUACCCAGAGACCGUUGCCCUCAUUUUCAUGAUGGGCGUUUGUCUUGGCCUGCUCGCUGCCCUGUGCCUCCUGAUAGUCGGCCUCAACUGUGAUCCGAGGCCCCGCAGGCCUCUUCCGGCACCUCAGAGGACGCAGCUGGAGUCUCGCCAGGAGGAGGAGGAAGAGGAAGAAGUGGGAGAUGGAAGCGUAGCGCAACAAGAGUUGUCUGAAAACCACAAACUGACCAUCAUACCGAUGGACGAACGCAGCACACAGUCCAACAGCAGCCUGAAGAGCGUGGACGUGUUCGCCUCAGCCGAGGAGCUGGAGAAGGCGCGGCGUCUGGAGGAGAGGGAGCGCAUCGUUAGGGAGAUAUGGAGGAACGGGCAGCCCGAUAUCCUGGUCACUGGGACUGGUACUAUUGGACGCGUCCAUUACCACUAGUCUCCAAACACGUAGAACAUUGGAACACUUGAAGUAUUUUUAUGGAACAACCAGUCCGGUAAUAAUGCUAUUACCAGAACUAGAUGAUCUCAUGUACAAAACCCAAAACCAGUGAAGUUGGCACGUUGUGUAAUUCGUAAAUAAAAACAGAAUACAAUGAUUUGCAAAUCCUUUUCUACUUACCGUAUAUUCAAUUGAAUAGACAGCAAAGACAAGAUAUUUAAUGUUUGAACUGAGAAACGUAUUUUUUUUUUGCAAAUAAUCACUAACUUAGAAUUUAAUGGCAGCAACACAUUGGAAAAAAGUUGUCAUAGGGGCAUUUUUACCACUGUGUUACAUGGCCUUUCCUUUUACCAACACUCAGUAAACGUUUGGGAACUGAGGAGACACAUUUUUUAAGGUUCUCAGGUGGAAUUCUUUCCCAUUCUUGCUUGAUGUACAGCUUAAGUUGUUCAGCAGUCCGGGGUCUCUGUUGUCCUAUUUUAGGCUUCAUAAUGCACCACACAUUUUCAAUGGGAGACAGGUCUGGACUACAGGCAGGCCAGUAUAGUACCCGCACUAUUUUACUAUGAAACCACGCUGUUGUAACACGUGGCUUGGCAUUGUCUUGCUGGAAUAAGCAGGGGCGUCCAUGAUAUCGUCGCUUGGAGGGCAACAAAACCUGUAUGUACCUUUCAGUAUUAAUGGCGCCUUCACAGAUGUGUAAGUUACCCAUGCCUUGGGCACUAAUACACCCCCAUACCAUCGCAGAUGCUGACUUUUGAACUUUGCGCCAAUAACAAUCCAGAUGGUUCUUUUCUUCUUUGCAUCGGAGGACACAACGUCCAGUUUCCAAAAACAAUUUGAAAUGUGGACUCGUCAGACCACAGAACA